CUACACUUGAAUGGCAAUGGCGAGUGCGAGAGCAGUGGGUAUACUGAACAAAUUUGCAGCUUGCAAAUAUUCUCAUUUCUCACAUCAUGGCCAGCGGAGCCUCUCUCUGUCUGCUGCAGCCCUGCAGACCCGAACUCAUGUUAAUUAUGAAGUUAAAGAUGACGUGGCAGUUGUGCGGAUCAAUGACCCAAAUUCCAAGGUGAACACACUUUCGGUGCAGAUGCAGGCAGAGAUGACUCAGGUGAUGAGUGAAAUUUGGGGAAACUCUGCAGUGAAAAGUGCUGUGCUCAUCUCCACCAAACCAGGCUGUUUCAUCGCUGGAGCAGACAUCAAUAUGAUUCAAGCAUGUAAAAGUGCAGAGGAAGUGACUUCACUGUCACGGGAAGGACAGAAGAUGUUUGAGAAGAUAGAGAACUCGCCCAUCCCCAUCGUGGCCGCCAUCAACGGCUCCUGCCUGGGCGGCGGCCUGGAGUUUGCCAUUGCCUGUCAGUACCGUCUUGCGACGAAGAGUAAGAAGACGGUUCUGGGAACGCCUGAGGUGAUGCUGGGACUGUUGCCUGGGGCGGGGGGCACUCAGAGACUCCCCAAAAUGGUGGGGCUCCCAGGUGCCUUUGACAUGAUGCUGACGGGCAGGAACAUUCGGGCUGAUAGAGCAAAGAGGAUGGGUCUGGUUCACCAGCUCAUAGACCCACUGGGCCCAGGGCUUAAGAGUCCGGAGGAGAGAACUAUACAGUAUCUUGAAGAAGUGGCAGUGGGUGUGGCUAAAGGACUAGCCAGUAAGAAAGUAUCAGCAAAGAAAGAGAAGAAAUUCAUGGAAAAGGUGCAGGACUUUGUGAUGGGAAUUCCCUUGGUGAGAAAACAGAUUUACAAGACGGUCCAAAAUAAAGUUAUGAAACAAACCAAAGGCCUUUAUCCUGCUCCACUCAAAAUUAUAGAGUGUGUCCAGACUGGCGUUGAGAAGGGACCUGAAACUGGAUACCAGACUGAGGCUCAGAACUUUGGUAAACUUGCCAUGACAUCAGAAUCCAAAGCCCUGAUUGGUCUUUAUCAUGGGCAGGUGGCCUGUAAGAAAAACCACUUUGGGAAACCAGAGAGAGAAGUGAAAAACUUGGCAAUCCUGGGGGCGGGGCUGAUGGGGGCGGGCAUUGCACAGGUGUCUGUGGAUAAGGGCGUGGCCACCAUACUGAAGGACACCACAGAUGAGGGGCUGGCCAGAGGACACCAACAGGUCUAUAAAGGACUGAACGACAAGGCGAAGAAGAAGAGCAUAACGACAUUUGAGCGGGAUGCGACGCUGUCCUACCUGAACGGGCAGCUGGACUACCGCGGCUUUGACAAGGUGGACAUGGUUAUCGAGGCUGUGUUCGAGGACCUGUCAAUCAAACACAGAGUGCUCAAAGAGGUGGAGGCGGUGAUCCCUCCUCACUGUAUCUUUGCAACCAACACAUCAGCUCUGCCUAUUAAAGACAUUGCUGCAGCCAGCAAGAGGCCAGAAAAGGUGAUUGGCAUGCAUUAUUUCUCUCCGGUGGAUAAGAUGCAGUUGUUGGAGAUCAUCACCACGGCGAAGACGUCUAAAGACACCACAGCAUCCGCAGUCGCAGUCGGUCUCAAACAGGGCAAAGUCAUCAUAGUAGUCGGGGAUGGUCCAGGCUUCUACACCACUCGCUGUCUGGCCCCUAUGUUGGCAGAGGCUGUGAGAGUACUGCAGGAAGGGGUGGGCCCUAAGAAGCUGGACUCCCUGACCACAGGGUUUGGAUUUCCGGUCGGCGCGGCAACACUAGCGGACGAGGUUGGCAUUGACGUGGCAGCUCACGUGGCAGAGGAUCUUGGGAAGGCGUUUGGUACACGGUUUGGAGGGGGGAAUGUGGAGGUGCUGAAAACCAUGGUGCAGAAAGGCUACAAAGGCCGUAAGUCUGGUAAGGGCUGCUAUGUGUAUGAAGCUAAAUCCAAGGAGAGGAAGGUGAACUCUGGAGCUGAAGAGAUUCUGAAGAGUUUCAAACUCGCAGCACCCCCUGCUGUGAGUGGAGAUGAGGAUGUGCAGUUCCGACUGGUCUCUCGCUUUGUGAAUGAGGCAGUGCUAUGUAUGGAGGAGGGAGUUCUGCCCGACCCUGUGCAGGGAGACAUCGGAGCUGUGUUUGGACUGGGCUUCCCUCCCUGCCUCGGAGGUCCAUUCCGCUUUGUGGAUGUGUUCGGGGCAGACAAACUGGUCCACAAGAUGAAACGUUAUGAGGAUGUCUAUGGAAACCAGUUCACCCCGUGCCAGCUUCUACUGGACCAUGCCAAGGAUACCAGCAAGAGGUUCCAUAAGUAAACCUGGCUCAAAGUGCGCCAUGACCUCUGACCUCCGGCCAGUACACAGCUCAUCUGCCCACAGUCAGCUGCAGACUGAAGACUUUUGCUUAUCAUGAAAAAAAUGCUUCGAAACAUUAAAAUCACGGUGUCAUAUCUGAAAAUUACAUUGCUUCCUAUUUCAUACCAUCUAAAAACAGACGAGGAGCAUGGUUAAAAACUAGCAUGCGUCUGUUGUUAACAGUUUCUCUUGUCAAAAAUGAUUUUCUAACCAGCGAGGCGAUGUCAGGAGAGAUGGAUAGUUUGACUGUGACAGCGAUAACAUCAUAACAUAAUCAAAGUUCCUGAGGAUGAUGUCAGUGCUACGGUUAACCUGCAUUUCUGGACCCAUUCACCCUGCUCAUCUCUGAAACUUCAUUACGAAUGUUCAUUAUACACCUCUCACAUUAGCUUUAUCAUGGUCCCUUCUCUUCUUCUUCACACUGAGAAAUCAUUUCACUCAGUAGUGUGUUUAUAUGUUCAUUUCAGUUAUUUAUUAAUGGCUGUACAAUACACAAUUCAUGAGAGCAUUAAUAUUUUUCUUGUGAAAAAAGGGUAAAAUAUUGUCAAGGCACUGGGACAGCGUUAUGCGCAGCUGUCCUCUGUACUCACUGUGCCUUCAGAUUCUGGGAAUAGCCUUUUUUUUCCUUUGCACUUUUCAGUUUUUCAAUGAUGGAAUUGUUCUGUUAUUGUUUUUGUAUAGUAGUUUUUCUUGUCUCUGAUUGGUCUGUGAUGGAUUCUGAUGCAGUUUGUCCUUUGACCCAGUGAAUGUUCCCAAUGUUCUGAGCGUCCCAACCACACCCCCACCCCCCGCCUUCCCCUCCCUGUUAA